CCAUACCACCACCAUCCCAUUGAACGCACACGAUCUCUCUUCCACAAUGUCCACUGACGUCGCUACCCCAGCUACCAUCGAAGUUAACGAUGCGUAUUUCUGUACUCAUUUCAAGGAAGUGUGUGCAGUCUGUGGGUACGAUGGAAGGGAGGAGAAUGAUGCGUUCUUUGGAUUUGAUCCUAUUGACCGUGAGGGCAUCGAAUGUCCCCCGGCCACCAUAAACAAGGAUGGUGUCUAUCAGUGCAAGAAGCAUGCAUUGACAGGUUGCAACCAGUGCUACGGUUGGAAGAAGCAGAUCAAUCGGGCGAGGACGGCAGCAAAGAAGGCUGGUAAGAAGUAAAUAGCUAUUGCAAUACAGUUGCCGUAGGCACGAGAUGUUGAAGCAUGUAAUGUUGCUGCCCUUCGUGGGAGUCUCAGCACUUACACUUUGGCGAUUACAAUCUAUCUAUACACAACAAAGCGAAAUCUAAAUACAGUCCAUAGGUCGAUAAGAUGACUCUGAUGGAAAAUCUUGCAAUUCUGUAUCAUCAUCGAAUUGUACCGUAGCAGUCUCGACUGUUCGAAAUGUCAAGUCAUUAGUGGGA